CCCGAACCGACUUGAACUCUGUCUUGUCUCUUGAGAUUUAACCGUGUCUUCAAACAUCCAUCGCCCGCCAGUUGGCAUCCUGCAUCGUUGACCCUCGCACCACUGAGACCAAGAGAAGAGACCUGCUAAGACGCCCUUGUGCCAUUUAAUAUCACAUCUGCUUCGACUUGAAACCAUUGCUCAAUCUCAUCGACGCUUGCAGCUUUUUAAAGCUUUCUCAACCCGCCAAAUUGUGGUCAGGUGCCAUCAGCGAGUAUCGCAUGCUGCAUCACCGAUUCGAGUGUUGUGUGUUGCGAUAUCAGACCGUGUACGAUACACCGAUCCGCCAAGUUGCAUAUUCCAGAGACUCACGGGCGCCCUCCAGGUCUAAACAAGAGAGGUCUGACAAGUCAUACGAAGAACCCAACGGAUCAAACAUGGAUACAGACCCAGUCUCCUGCAAUAUGGCCUCAGCGUUUUACGAGAUUAUGAGAGACUCUGGACUCCAAAGACAGCUCGAACAUGGUUGGGGAAAUUCCUACGCACAUGACGGCGCGGCAGAUUCCGCAUCAUCACCCACUUCUGAUUUCGGUGACGCCAGUCGAUCCGACCAAUCCCGGUCUCGGCAAAGUUCAAAGGUUUCAUCUCCAUUGGGAUCUCGCAGAGUGGCCCAAAGACGAGAUGGGAAGCGCCUCAAAAGCCCCAAGUCGAAGACAUCCGGAGGCAGUCAAGUCAAGGAAGAAGAUGAAGAAGAGAGUAUGGAAGAUAUUCAGCCCAUGCCAGAAUCCGGUAACCCAUACUCUCUGAAAUAUGAUGCUCAGGCUGCAGCAACUGGCGAGGAUCAUCGGACCUCUGGAUAUAAGCUGAACAGAGAAGACUACGCAGACCGUGAAUAUCUGAGAGGGCUGGACUCAGAGCUGGAUACUCUUAGAAAGCACUUGCUCCAGCGCGCCAAUCCUCCCAGAUCAUUUCCGUAACGGUCCCCCUCGCCACCUUUGGAUAUGACGGGGAGUGCGCGCACCGAAAAGAGUGAUACCAGAUACAUUGUUAUAUCACAAGCAUUAACAGCAAGCCUUUGCUUUUACACUAAGAAAAAAAAUUAACGGGGCGCUCAGGAGUUUAUGGAUUUGGUUUACCAGCUGUGGAAGGGGACCUACGAUAGGAAGUUGAUUGCACAUAGACCAUCUUAGCCACCGAGAGUGAGGUAGUAGCAAUGAAACUUUUUUCGGAUCUUUCCUUUUCAUGAUUAUUUGCUCUAGGUUUCGCACGAGCGGGCUGUUAGCGAUUGGCAACA